UCCGAAUGUGAGCCGCCGCCACCGCGCGCGCCCGUGUUGCCGCCCAUGUGCUUGCCUGACGCUUGCUGCGGCCCCGCAGUGCUAUACGUCGGCUUCAACCAGGACAAUGGCUGCUUCGCGUGCGGGACGGACUCGGGCUUCCGCAUCUUCAACUGCGACCCCUUCCGACAGACCUACCGCAGAGACUUUACCAACGGCGGGAUUGGGAUCGUCGAGAUGCUCUUCCGCUGCAACAUCCUCGCCCUCGUCGGCGGCGGCCGCAACCCGCGCUACCCGCCCAACAAGGUCAUGAUCUGGGACGACCACCAAAACCGCUGCAUCGGCGAGCCGUGCCUGCUCUCCUUCCGGUCGGAGGUCAAGGCGGUCCGCAUGAGCCGCGAGCGAGUCGUGGUUGUCCUCGAGUACCGGAUCUACGUGUACAACUUUGCAGGAGGGCGACCAUAUCUCGGCUGCACCUCGGCUAUACCUCACCUCGGCUAUACCUCCGUGCACAUCUUUGCAGACCUGAACCUGCUGCACACGAUUGAGACAAUCUCGAACCCGCGCGGGCUCUGCUCGCUCUGCGCGGACUCGCGCGCGUGCGUCAUCGCCUGCUGCGGGCUGCAAAAGGGUCACGUGCGCGCCGAGCUCUUCGACAUCACUCGCACGACCCUCAUCUCCGCGCACGAGGCGUCGCUCUCCUGCAUCGCCCUCAGCUCGUAUGCAAUGCGACAUCACACACUCUGGUGCACGCUGGUGCGGGUCUGGGACACCCGCUCGGGGCAGCGGCUGAUGGAGCUGCGACGUGGCGCCGAGCCCGCCGCCAUCCAAUGCAUGAACUUCCACGCCGACUCGAGCUGGCUGCUCGUCGGCUCGGACCACGGCACCAUACACGUCUUCAAGCUGCAGGAGGGCGACGCCGACCAGGCGCCCGAGCUCACCCCGCCGGUGCCCGCCACUACGCUCGCCUACCCGCCCGACACGCCGGACAACCCUCGGUCGAGCCUCUCCUUCCUCGGCUCGCUGCUGCCAAAGUCGCUCGUGCCAACCUACAUCCAGUCCCAGUGGAGCUUUGCGCAGUUCCGGAUGCCAGGCUCCGAGCGCGCGCUGACCCGCACGAUCUGCGCCUUUGCUCCGGAGAACACAAACUCGUUCCUCGUCGUCUCGGCCGACGGCACCUUUUACAAGUGCGGCUUCGACCCCAUCCGCGGCGGCGAGUGCUACCGCGAGGACUGGCAGAGGUUUCUGAUGCCAGAGGAUGAUGAGUGAUCACGCAGGCCCUCUCCUCUCACGCCUCCCGACCUUGUCCCUACGAGCCGCGCCAGCGGCCAACCCUAGCUCGCCAGAUCCAGGCGGUGCGCGUGCACUCGAGGUCAUGUAGGCGUCUCUGGGAGGCUCCGUGCCGCGCUAGGCACCAGCCGGGAGCGGCCGGGAGGGCGCGAGAGCGAGAGCCAGCGAGCAGUGACAUUCGGAUCGCACUUCGCAGCUGGUAGGAGCGAGAUGUGCGUGUCAAAUGGCUCAUGCCAAUAAAAAAUAACAAACGC